AAGAAGCUUCCGCGCAGCUCUAAUCGUUCCCCGCGGUAGCAUCAUGCUAUGGCAAACUGCAGCAAUAUGCGAUUCGCAAUUUGCGCGUCAAUCACGAGGGAGCUCUGCCGAGCCUCCAGUAGAUCAUUCUUAAUGCACGCAGUAUAUAUAUAAAGGGGGCAGGCGGCCCAUUUCUAAUUCCUACUCGGCCGUUUCCCUCUCCUCUCUCUCCUUUGUGUGAGCUUCAAGCCAGUUUCCGAUUAAGGGAUACGAGCGGAGACCGGAAACCUCAAUUGGGGAAACAAUGGAGCUCAUAACUUUGUUCCUCACAGGAUCUACGCUCCUGCGUUCCGCAUUCGCCAUUCAGCCGGCGCGCCAACCGCACCAGCCCACCGGCAACGGCGAGAAGAUCCUGACGUGGAACGAGACGGUGGCCAGCAACCAAUUCGGCGCGCGGUCCACGUCCGUCAGCUGGCUCUCCGGCGGCGAAGACGGGCAGUACAUAUACGCCAGCGACGACAGCGGGGCGCUGAUCCUCGAGAACUUCGUCACGGGCGAGAGCGCGACGUUCGUCGCCGCCGACCUGAUCCCCGACGACGUAUACGAUUACUGGAUCCGGCCGGACCUGGCCAAGGUGCUCUUCGCGACCAACUACACGAAGCAGUACCGCCACUCGUACUUCUCCGACUAUUCGAUCCUCGACGUGGCGUCGGGCGAGCUGACGCCGUUGGUCGCGGACCAGGUCGGCGAUAUCCAGUACGCGGAGUUUGCGCCGAAGGGCGACGCCAUCGCUUUCGUGCGCGGCAACAACUUGUUCCUGAACAAGAACGGCGCGAUUUCCCAGAUCACGGAUGACGGCUCGCCCGAUUUGUUCAAUGGCGUGCCAGAUUGGGUGUACGAGGAAGAGAUCUUUGGCGAUCGCUCGGCGAUCUGGUUCUCGCCUGACGGCGAGGUCCUUGCGUACCUUAGCUUCAAUGAGACCGGGGUCGAGACUUUCACGGUGCAGUACUUCAUGAAUAAUCAGGAGAUCGCGCCCGUUUAUCCCCGCCUAUUGGAUUUGAGGUAUCCGAAAGUUGGUACGACGAACCCCACGGUGUCUCUAACUUUGUUGGAGAUCGAGAGCGAGGAGAAGCAGCCAGUACCGAUCGACGCUUUCCCCGCGGACGAUCUGGUGGUUGGUGAGAUCGCUUGGGUCACGUCUGAGCAUAGUAGUGUUAUCUACCGCGCGUUCAACCGCGUACAAGACACGUCGAAACACGUGCGAGUUGAUGUAGGGGAUGAAAUCAAUACCGAGGUUGUCCGGGAAAGAAAUGGCACAGACGGUUGGCUCGAUAACGAUAUGGGCAUCAAGUUCGUUGGACCUGUGAACGGUUCCACGGGAGAUUAUUACAUCGAUGUUUCGGACGAGUCUGGUUGGCAGCACAUUUACCUCUAUGCCGUCAACGGGUCGAACGUCACCGCACUCACUGAGGGAGAGUGGGAGAUAGCGUCUGUUCUCAAGGUUGACAAUGAACGCGAGUUGGUCUACUACACGUCUACCAAAGCUGAUAGCACUGAACGACACAUCUACUCUGUAUCUUACUCGACUUUAGAGUCAAAUGCUCUUGUCGACGAUACGACUCCCGCAGUUUGGAGUGCAUCGUUCAGUUCAGCUGGCGGAUACUACAUUCUCAGCUAUGCUGGGCCCGACGUGCCGUACCAGGAGUUGUAUGGGAUCAACGACACCACGACGCCUCUCCGAACCAUUACGUCAAACGAAGAUCUGUGGAACAAGUUGCAGGAGUACAACUUACCGAACAUCACAUAUUUCUCACUCGAUCAUCCCGACGGGUAUAGUUUAAAUGUGAUGGAAACAUUACCCCCUAAUUUCGACCCCGCCAAGAAAUAUCCGGUCCUCUUCACGCCUUACGGCGGACCGGGAUCGCAAGAAGUGUCUAAAUCAUUCCAGUCAAUAGGUUGGAACGCGUACAUAUCGUCAGACCCGGACCUAGAAUUCAUUCAAUACACGGUCGAUAACCGAGGUACAGGUUUCAAAGGCCGGGCCUUCCGUGCGCUUGUCGCAUCUCAUCUAGGCGAGUUCGAAGCAGCGGACCAGAUUUGGGCUGCGCAGGAGCUAGCCUCUCGGAACUCAUUCAUAGAUGCGGAGAAGGUCGGAAUUUUUGGGUGGUCAUAUGGUGGGUAUCUAUCAGCGAAAGUCGUAGAGGCAGACUCGGGAGUGUUCACCCUGGGUCUCAUCGUGGCACCUGUGAGCGACUGGCGCUUCUACGACAGUAUGUAUACGGAGCGGUACAUGAAGACGUCGCAGAUGAACCCGGAAGGAUAUAACAACUCGGCGGUGCGCAAGCCCGACGGCUUCAAAAACAUUGCCGGUGGCUUCUCUAUUCAACACGGCUUGGGCGAUGAUAAUGUCCAUUAUCAGAACACCGCAGCCCUCUUGGAUCUACUUGUGGGGGCCAACGUGUCUCCGGCAAAAAUGCAAUGGCGCGUAUUUACUGACAGCGAUCAUGGCAUUUCGUAUAACGGCGCCUCUACAUAUUUGUACAAGUUUCUGACAGAUCUAUUGUACCGGGAGAAAAUAAGGACAAGCGGAGGCCUAGUUCAUCAGUGGACGAGAAGGGCAAAGUCGUGGUUGGCGGGUGAGCAAUGAGAAGUUAUGUAAAACAUCAAUAGUUCAUUAAUAGUUCAUAAAUAGGAUAUAUCUACUAAUUUAAAUAACAU